AUGAGUUCAUUUCAAGUUAUACUUAGAGAAGGUAUUGUGGGUGGUUUUGCUGGGCCUAUUGUCAAUCAAGUAGUCGAUAUCAAAGGGGACAGUUCGGGUGCUAUGAUAAUGCAUGCUACGUUGAAACCUGAUACAAAGGCUGAUUAUCACACUCAAGCAGGAGGUGCUUCAGCGGAAGAGUUGUCAGACUUUUUAGAUAGGCUGAAGGCGCAAUUGAAAGAACUACCCACCGAAGAUCCUGUGGGCAGUGAAGAUAUCUAUGGUGAAGAUGUUUCGCUCUCGUUUUUCUCUGACGAAUUUCAGUGGUCUAACGGAGGUCCUGAAGGCUGCACUCAAGGCGAAUCAAACAAAAAGGCUACACCAGAACAAAAGGAAAAAUUCAAAGAGCUUGUCAAGUUGGUGAAAAAUGUCGGCCAACAAUAUGCUGUAACAGCUCAAUAA